AUAGGUAAAUGAAAACAGUCUCAACAGUCGACACACACUGCUCUGGUUUUCAGUUGGAGAAAAGAAAAAUGGCGUCUUCUUCUUCUUCUUCUUCUUCUUCAGCUCUCUCAAGAAUAUCUAAUCUCAGUAGACACUUUCACUCACCAGACUCGAAAACCAGCGAUAACCCACAGGGUGCCAUUGACGCUCUCGGAAGAGGCCUAAUUAAGAUAUCCUCCGAAGUUUCUGCUGCCAUAUCUCGUGGGCAUCCUGUUGUUGCCCUCGAAUCAACCAUCAUCUCACAUGGGAUGCCAUAUCCACAAAAUCUGGAAACUGCAAAGGAAGUAGAAGCAAUGGUGAGGAAGAAUGGAGCAGUUCCUGCAACUGUAGCAAUUAUAGAUGGCACACCAUGCGUAGGCCUGAAUGAGGAAGAAUUGGAGAGGUUGAGUAUUCUGGGAAACCAAGUCCAAAAGACUGCUAGAAGGGACAUAGCACAAGUUGUGGCUAGCAGAGGAAAUGGUGCUACUACUGUUUCCGCAACAAUGUUCUUUGCUUCUAAGGUUGGCAUCCCUGUGUUUGUGACUGGUGGCAUUGGAGGAGUUCAUAGACAUGGUGAACAAACAAUGGAUAUAUCUUCUGAUCUCACUGAGCUAGGAAGAACCCCUGUAGCAGUCAUCUCAGCUGGUGUAAAAUCGAUAUUAGACAUCCCCAGGACCCUUGAAUAUUUGGAAACUCAGGGAGUGUGUGUUGCAGCUUAUAGAACAAACGAAUUUCCUGCAUUUUUUACUGAAACCAGCGGCUGCAAGGCACCUUGUCGUGUUGAUACCCCAGAAGAUGCUGCGAAGCUUAUCGAUGCGAACAUGAAUCUUGGGCUUGGAAGUGGAAUUCUGAUUGCUGUUCCAAUUCCAAAUGAGCAUUCAGCUUCUGGAAGCUUAAUUGAGAAUGCAAUACAAAGCGCACUUCAAGAAGCUCGGGAGAAAAAUAUUGUGGGAAAUGCCGAAACUCCUUUCUUACUUAAAAGGGUGAAUGAACUCACUGGAGGAGCCUCACUCGCUUCAAAUAUUGCACUUGUUAAGAACAAUGCUCUUGUGGGUGCUAGGAUUGCUGUAGCCCUUGCUAAGCUCAGAGUGCAAUAGCAGAAAGGUACUUUUCAAGUCCUUUUAGUUUUGGACUGAUUAUGCAAAACCAUUCUAAGUUCCCUGCUCAUCUGCUUGUACAUUGUUCCUUUGCUUCAUGUUUUUGGCACAUUAUUCUGGAUGCUUUUGAUUGGUCAUUAGCGUUGCUCUGACAAUAUUUUUUAUAUCUUGGCAUCCCUUUUGGUGAGCCAUCCGUUUCAUGGUGCAACAAAGAUUGUUUGGUUGACUAUUGUUCUUGCCUUUCUCUAGACUUUAUGGAGCGAGUGCAAUAAACGUCUCUUUCGACACUCCUUUUCUUGUUUUGAUAAUUUCAUGGAUUUGGUUGUCUAUUGGACUAUAUUGGUGCAAAAGAAGGCAUCCCUUUAAGCUUUUUACUCUUUCCUAUUGAGUUUCCAAUUGGAAAUCUCUUUUGUAAACACCUAUAUAUAUGUUUGGGGGCUCCUUAUUUCAUUUAUUCAAUGAAACAUUUUUUCACUAAAAAA